AAAGCGGCGCUGCGGGAUCCACCCCCGGGCCCGGGCUCACCCCCUACCCCACCCCGCCCCGGGCUCCCGCCCCGGCCGUCCCGCCGGGACCCGCCGCCCGGGCCUGGCUCGGUCCCCGCGUGGAGUAGCCGCGGCGUGUGAGGGUCAGUAUACAUGAUUCUCAAUGGAGAGUGAAAGCACAGCUUCAUGAUGAGAACCAGCCCCCGUCGGCCACUGAUUCUCAAAAGACGGAGGCUGCCCCUUCCUACUCAAAAUGCCCCGGGGGAAGCAUCAGAGGAAGAAGCAAAGAGACCCCCUGCCCAGCAGGAGCCUGCUCAAGCACAGGCCUCCCAGGAGGCGGCGGAGUCCAGCUCUUGCAAGUUUCCAGCUGGAAUCAAGAUUAUCAACCACCCCACCAUGCCCAACACACAGGUGGUGGCCAUCCCCAACAAUGCUGAUAUCCAGAGCAUCAUCACAGCACUAACUGCCAAAGGGAAAGAGAGUGGCAGCAGCGGACCCAACAAGUUCAUCCUCAUUAGCUCUGGGGGGACCUCAUCUCACCCUCCUGGUCCUCAGCCUCAAGCCCAAACCAGCAGUGAUUCCAAGAGGACAGAGGUGAUCACUGAGACUCUGGGACCAAAGCCAGCAGCUAAGGGUGUGUCUGUUCUCAAGCCGCCUGGAACCCUUCCAAGACAAAGGCAGGAAAGCUGUGCUGGCAGUGAAGCAGCAGGCUGCACGCUGGACAGCAGCUUAACCAAUAUUCAGUGGCUUGGCAAGAUGAGUUCUGACGGGCUGGGCCCCUGCAGCAUUAAGCAGGAGAUGGAAGACAAGGAGAACUGUCACCUGGAGCAGAAUCAGGUUAAGGUUGAAGAGUCCUCAGGAACUAACACAUCUUGGCAAGACUCUGUGUCUGAAAGGCCACCCUACUCUUACAUGGCCAUGAUACAGUUCGCCAUCAACAGCACUGAGGGAAAGCGGAUGACCUUGAAGGAUAUCUACACUUGGAUUGAGGACCACUUCCCCUAUUUUAAGCACAUUGCCAAGCCAGGCUGGAAGAAUUCCAUUCGUCACAAUCUUUCCCUCCACGACAUGUUUGUACGGGAGACAUCUGCCAAUGGCAAGGUCUCUUUCUGGACCAUUCACCCAAGUGCCAAUCGCUACUUGACGUUGGACCAGGUGUUUAAGCCACUGGAACCAGGGUCUCCACAAUCGCCCGAGCACUUGGAAUCACAGCAGAAACGACCCAAUCCUGAGCUCCGUAGAAAUGUGACCAUCAAAACCGAACUCCCGAUGGGCGCCCGUCGAAAGAUGAAGCCGCUGCUCCCGAGGGUCAGCUCAUACCUGGUGCCCAUCCAGUUCCCAGUGAACCAGUCCCUGGUGCUGCAGCCCUCGGUGAAAGUGCCGUUGCCUCUGGCGGCUUCACUUAUGAGCUCAGAACUUGCCCGUCACAGCAAGCGAGUCCGCAUCGCACCCAAGGUGCUGCUAGCCAGCGAAGGGAUAGCCCCACUUCCUGCUGCAGAACCCGUGAAGGAGGAGAAACCCCUGCUCGGCGAAGGGCUGCUGCCUCUGCUUCCAAUUCAGUCUAUUAAGGAGGAAGAAAUCCAGCCUGGGGAGGAGAGGCCUAUCAAAGUGGAGAGCCCACCCUUGGAAGAGUGGCCCUCUCCAUGUGCGUCCCUGAAGGAGGAACUUUCCAACUCCUGGGAAGACUCCUCCUGUUCUCCUACCCCAAAGCCCAAGAAGUCCUACUGUGGGCUCAAGUCCCCAACCCGGUGUGUCUCAGAAAUGCUGGUGACUAAGCGGAGAGAGAAGAGGGAGGUGAGCCGGUCUCGGAGGAAACAGCAUCUCCGGCCUCCCUGUCUGGAUGAGCCUGAACUGCUCUUCUCAGAGGACCCCAGCACCUUGCGACCAGCCAUGGAACCCCUCCUCCUGGCAGAAUCUUCAGAGCCUACGCCCCAGCUCAGCUGCCCUCCCGAGGAAGGAGGACCUUUCAAGACCCCCAUCAAAGAGACCUUGCCCGUCUCCUCCACUCCUAGCAAGUCUGUGCUCUCCAGAGACCCUGAGUCCUGGAGGCUCACACCCCCAGCCAAGGUUGGAGGCUUAGAUUUCAGCCCAGUACGAACCCCCCAGGGCGCCUUUGGCCCCCUGCCUGACUCCCUGGGGCUAAUGGAGCUGAAUACCACACCUCUGAAAAGUGUCCCCCUCUUUGACUCGCCCAGGGAGCUCCUCAACUCAGAACCCUUUGACCUCGCCUCUGACCCAUUCAGCAGCUCUCCGCCCCCACAUCUGGAGGUCCCCAAGCCAGGUUCCCCUGAGCCACAGGCUCCCAGCCUCUCAGCCAACCGUUCUCUCACAGAAGGCCUGGUCCUGGACACAAUGAAUGACAGCCUCAGCAAGAUCCUUCUGGACAUCAGUUUCCCAGGCCUGGAGGACGACCCUCUAGGCCCUGACAACAUCAACUGGUCUCAGUUCAUCCCCGAGUUGAGAUAGAGGCAAGGCCUUGCCCUUGCUGCUCGAUGCCUGCUAUCCUGGCACUCGUGUGGCUGGAUAGUGCAAGGCUCAGUGCACCCCAAGCCGUCUGAGGGGAGCUGUCAGGCAAGGGCCGAGCUGUGCCCCUUGACCUAAUUAUGCCAAAAUGAUAGUCACAUCUAAGCCACUGCUGGGACCUAUGCAAGCAAUAGGUCCGAGUCCUCCUCUCUCUCUGCUGGCAACUGAAUGGUGGGUGUGCCGAAAGCAGUGAUGAUCAGGAAGUGUCCAUUAGUGAUCCACUGCCCCUGGCAGAAUGUCCUUGUAAAUGGUGUUAAGUUCCCCAGAUUGUCCUCUAAUUAUAAACGUAAGCUUAUUCCCUUAGAUUAUUAUCCAGAGACUGCCAGGCUGGGUGGGGUCACAAGGGGGUUGCACUUAGCUUCUGCUUGCGGCCUUUGCGGGAAGAACCUGCGGUGCAGUUUCUUCCACACUUGUGGGUUCUGCUGUAGGCUUCUGCGCAUACAGGUUGGCUUGCCAGGAUCCCACUUACUGCCCUUUCCCCGCAGCUCCCCGUGUUUCCGAGCCAGUGGUCCUGCAAGAAGAAGUCCUGGUGUAAAAGCGUAUUGGAUUCGGGUGUAGGGGGACGGGCGCGCCUGAAGCAAAGCGUGGGUUCCGUUAGGUAUUUCCCUGACAGUGUUCCUAACCAUGCCCGGGAGUGUAGCAUUGAGAACUCAGGCUGAGGCCUGAGGAGGAGGAAGGGACCCCUGGCUUCCUUAGCCUGCACCUGCGCUAUGCAAAAAGCCACCCUAACCCUCCCUCCCCCCCCCCCCACAAGCUAGCACACGAACACUACUGUAACUACCUAC